AUGCGUGCCUUGUGGGACAAGGUCGAGAAGGAGUACGAGGCUUGCUCCUGCGUCAUGUCGGAUGAAAUGACGAUAGACGAGUUGCCUACCAUUCAGGCAAAAUAUGAUUACUGCUAUAUUCUCUAUGAGCAGUGGUCCGCUCAGCUAAGUGAGCAAAUAGCUGAUACCUCCCAGGCACUCACUCCCCGUACACCCGUACAAACGCAAGCCGUGCCGUUCAUGUCCACAGGGUGUCGCCUACCUCCACUGUCUGAAGUUGAGAAACUUUUCCAUCUCAACUCCAAGACCAGCGGUGAAGCCCAUGCCAUUGUGUCAAAGUCUCCUUUGACCAAUGAGGGGUUUCAGUCGGCGUGGUCCAGCUUGACUGAGCGUUUCGAGAACAAACGGUUGCUCGUGAACAGUCAGCUGCGAAUCCUUUUCAAUUUGCCCGCUAUUGGGCAAGAGUCGGGUGCAGCCAUUCAGGAGUUGCAGAGCACCAUCCAAGGGUGCUUGACGGCCUUAGAGCACUCAAGGAUCAACACGGAGAAUUGGGAUUGCAUCCUGGUUUUCCUGUGUUCUUCGAGGCUCCCCAAAUUGACCCUUUCUCUUUGGGAACAGUCCAUACAGAAUAAGAGCGACAUUCCAACGUGGGCUGACAUGAACGCUUUCCUUCUAGAGCGGUAUCGCACCCUAGAAGCGAUAGCGGAAGUGUCAGCCAGCACGAGUGCUCCGACGGUUUCACGGGCCUCACGCAAGGAGGCCCCCGUCGCCAAGCAGGUCAACUCCUUUGAGAGUCGGGCGACUUCGAAAACCCAGUCCUGCAAAUUGUGUUCCCGGGAGAAUCAUCCGAUUCGCUUGUGCCCUCGUUUCCUUCAGAUGGGUAUCAACGAUAGGGUCACUUAUAUAAAGCAACAGAAGCUGUGUUUAAAUUAUUUCGCACGAGGCCAUAUCCUGGCCGAGUGCACAAGUGCGCACAGCUGCUUUACUUGCAAGGGUCGUCAUCAUACACUCUUGCAUCGAGUGAGCCCGGCGCCGACAGUCACAACCCCCAUUCCAUCUCCAAUACAGUCCACUUUCACCCAGUCAGCUAACGUCCAAUCUUUCAUGGCAGUUAACACACAAAGUGUUCUGCUCAGUACAGCUGUCAUUCACGUAUGCCAUCUCGGCGUCCGCUAUACAGCUCGGGCUCUGAUCGAUUCCGGAUCGGAAGCCACCUUCCUCUCAGAAAGGUUGUUCAAGCGCUUGAGGAUGCCGUAUACAUCCGUGCAAGCCCGCGUCUCUGGGCUGACUCAAGCUGUGGCAGCCCAGCCUCGAAAGUUUUGCCAAUUCUUAAUUGGCUCCCCAGUCAGACCCGAUAUGCAGAUCGAGGCGUCGGCGUACGUCCUCCCCCAGUUAGCGGGGAAUCUGCCCUCAUGUUCGGUCCCACAAACACUUCUCGAAAAUCUGCCAAGCAUCCAGCUGGCAGACCCCAAAUUCUUUGAGAGUUCGCAGAUUGAUGUGCUACUAGGCGCUGAUAUCCUCCCGUCCAUUCUGCUCGGCGGCUCUCACCCUAACAUUUGUGGGACCCUCCUCGGUCAAGAGACCAUUUUCGGUUGGAUCCUGACUGGCCCUGUGUCGGGAUCCAUUUCAAAGUCCAUUUCGUCCUUUUCGGCUCGACUGUCCGUCGAGCGAACUCCGCCAUUGGAGGAACUCCUCUCCAAAUUUUGGGAGGUGGAGGACCUGCCGGCUAGCCCAGCAAAAGAAUCUGACCUUUUUUGUGAGGCUAACUUCAACGCCACGACCGUGCGAACCUCAACGGGUCGCUACAUGGUCACGCUCCCAUUCCGCGAUCCUGGUCACGUUGACCUGGGUCACUCGAGGGCUACCGCUCUCGCUCAGUUCCUGAGAAACGAGAGCCGUUUAAAGAGGAACGACUCUCUGAAGGAACAAUAUGACUCCAUUAUUCGAGAGUAUCUGGAUUUGGGUCACAUGACUCAAGUCCCCCCAUCCAGUUCCGGCAACUACUAUUUGCCGCAUCACGCUGUUCUCAAGCCCGACAGCACCACCACAAAGCUUCGCGUUGUAUUCAACGCCUCCAGCCCGACUUCAAACGGGAAGAGUCUGAACGACAUCCUCCACACUGGGCCAAUCCUUCAAUCCGACCUGACCAUUCAAAUCCUGAAAUGCAGGUUUUUCCAAUUAGUCUUCAACGCUGACAUCACCAAGAUGUAUCGACAAAUCCUUGUGGAUCCCAAACACACCCGGUUUCAAAGGUUGCUCUUCCGUACUCCGGACGAGAAGUUAUGCGACUUUGAGCUCAACACAGUCACCUUUGGAGUGAACUGUGCUCCGUACCUGGCUAUCCGCGUUCUGCAUCAACUUGCGAGUGAUGUUCGCGACCGGUACCCCCUCGCUAGUGACAUCAUCGCCAAUUAUAUGUACGUUGAUGACGUCCUAGCAGGAGCUCACACUAAGCAGGCUGCGGUGUCUGCUAUAGAUGAGCUUCGAACAGCGCUCGAGAGUGCUGGGUUCCCUUUGCGUAAGUGGACCUCGAACUCGAAAGACGUGCUGAGAAGAAUCCCUACGGAUCACUUGCUCUGUGCAGACUUCCUCGAGAUCGACGAAGCUAGUGUCGCAAAGACGCUAGGUAUUCGUUGGCGGGCCACGUCCGACGAGUUCUUUUUCGUCACCGCCGAGAUGGUGUCCAAACCAUCUUUCAGCAAGAGAGAAGUGCUGUCGCAGAUCGCCAAGUUGUUCGAUCCUGCAGGUUGGCAUGCUCCCGUGGACAUCCGCAUUCCUAGAUGGACCAACUACACUCCCGGCGCAAAAAUCCAAUUCCACGGUUUUUGCGACGCCUCUCAGAGCGCGUACGGAGCCGCUCUUUAUGCACGUGUGGAAACAGCUGGACAAGUGUCCGUGAGCCUCCUAGCAGCGAAGACUAGAGUUGCACCUAUCAAGACGGUCUCUCUACCUCGUCUUGAGCUGUGCGGAGCUCUCCUGUUGGCAGAAUUAUCCGCCGCCCUCCUACCACAUUUUCCCACCCCCGACGCUGAGACGUACCUGUGGACAGAUUCCACUAUAGUUCUGGCAUGGUUGGAUAAGCAGCCAUGCAAGUGGACCACUUUCGUGGCGAACCGAGUGGCCAAGAUUCACUCGGUGAAUGGCACUUGGCAACAUGUUCGUUCCGAACACAACCCAGCCGAUCUGGCAAGCCGCGGUGUCUCGCCGCAAGAGCUAUUGGCCAGUCGCCUUUGGUGGCAGGGGCCUGAAUGGCUGACGCACUCACCAGCGCAGUGGCCUUCACCAGUCAUUGGGCUCGAUACUGAAUUGGAGUGUCGAGCGGUGAAGGUCCAUGCAGCGCAAGUCCUAUGUGAGGACUUCCUCGACCGUUUCUCCAGGUUCGAUCGAGCGCUCCGAGUGUUUGCGUAUGUGCGAAGGUUUGCCCAGCGUUGCCGCCAUCCCAAGGUCUCGUUUCCAGAGACGCUCAGCUCUCAAGAGCUUGCAGAAGCUCAAGAGAGGCUGAUUGUGCAGGCUCAGAACCGGGUAUACGAGAAAGAGUGUGCUUCCCUCCGAUCCCAUAAUCGUUUAAUCGGGUCAAGCGAUAUCCUAAGCUUGAAUCCGUUCCUUGACAAGCAAGGUGUCCUGCGUUCCUGUGGACGCCACGAAGGCAAUCCAUCUUGA